UGCCGUCUUCCUUUACUGCACAACCAGCGCAGAGCUUGUCCACGGACAGUCUCCCAGCAGUAAAUAUGGCGUCUACUGUUUGUCGAUUCGGCCGCCUCUUCCUUAAGAAAAACACUGGAUUUCAAGCUCACAGAAGUGGACUUCAGUGUGAGGGAACAGCGAGAAUGAUAAUGUCUCGAAAUGCAGUUUCAUCCACGUCAGGUGGCAUUUCACCCAAACCGGUGAAGGUGCCCUUCGGUUUGAUCCGUAUGACUCUAGUGGUUCUGCCUUUUCUCUAUGUGGGUACGUUGAUAAGCAAGAAUUUCGCCGCUCUCCUUGAAGAGCACGAUAUCUUCGUCCCUUCAGAUGAUGACGACGACGACUAAUAUGUGGAGCCUUCUCAUCAUGUCUCUCACUGAUCAGAGUGGCAAAGGAAAAGGAUGACGCUAUGAUCAAAGCCAUAAACCUAAUAUUUUUUCCAUUUACAAUCCUACAUAUCUCCAUUCUCAGAGUCCUACCAAAUGUUUACUUUUGAAAUAGUAUAUAAUGUGAAGUGGCUGUUGCAUACUCACUCUUGAAUGCAUGUACGCCUCUUCUGUUAAUAAAGUGCAUGGAGGCGUUUUUUAAAUCAUAAUUUUAUUGUUUCCUGUUAAAGAAGAUGACUGUGGAAAUGUCGCUGAGUCAAUCCUUUUGACUUGACUUGAAAUAAAAUACCUUCGACUGA